AAACACCAAUUUUAUUGUACACGCUAUCAGCUAUACGCAUGAGGGGGAAUCACCGAAUGCCAAUACCGGAACUGAUAGAACAUUCACUUAUAUUCGUUCUCCAAAAACUGUUCUCCAAUUCAUGCAGACCCACUGAACACUUAAACACUUUUGUCAAUAUGUAUGUAUUUAUAUGUAUAUUUUGUCAGUAUUUGCAGUAUAAGCUGAUAUAAGAGAACAAGGCGAUUACUCACAUUGAUAAGGCAAUCUCUCACUUUGGAUUGUCACCGAGAAAUCAGUCGGCAUUUGCACCUCGAAGAAACAUGAGAAGAACGGUCACUAAACAGGAAAUUGAACGCUUUCUGUCAACGAGAGAAAUUGGCAGAGGCACCUUUGGAGUAGUCCAUAAAGGUACUUUGGAUGACGGAGAUGUGGCUAUCAAAGUGCUACACGUAACCGAAGAUACAAAAGAGAAGGCUGAACGAGAAAUUACAACAAUGCGAACGGUUAAACAUGAAAAUAUCGUUGAAUUUAUUGCCGAAUUGGAUGAAAAACCAAAGCUUUAUUUGAUAUUCGAAUUCAUGGAUGGUCCAUCUCUACACAAAAUCAUACAUAACCACAAUGAUCAUAAGUAUACAAACGGGGAUGCCAUUAACUGGCUAACUCAAGCAGCCGAGGGCCUUAAUCAUCUGCAUAGCUUAACACCAAAGCUAAUUCAUCGUGAUGUGAAGCCAAAAAACAUACUCCUCAAUAGUGACAAGAGUAUUGUAAAGCUCUGUGAUUUCGGCAAUGUAAGGCCGCGUGGCUCGUGUAUGUCAAACGAGUCUGGCACACACCGGUAUAUGUCUCCUGAAGUCUACAAUGGCGUGGAAUAUACCGAAAAAUGUGAUGUUUAUAGCUUCGCAAUCACCGUUUGGGAAGUCUACAGCCGGACAAAUGCUUAUGGAUCCGAUAUACCAAAUGAUCAUAAACUUCUUACUAAGGUGUCCACUGAAAAUUGGCGACCAUUGUUAGAGGGCAUACCAGAGUAUACGCACGAUUUGCUGAAGAGAAGCUGGAGUAACGAGCCAACAUCCCGACCGACCAUGAAAGAAAUUCUGGAAGACUUAAAGAAAACUGAUUUCUGUGAAAACUCUAUUAAGCAGACACUCAUAACUGCUGUCAGCCCAAGCUGAAUAAGAGAACCAUAUGUUUCAUUUUGAUUUAUCUUAUACUAAAAAGUGUCUUUUUGUAUCUAUCGUAUAUUCAUUAAAUAUCCCCAACUCAAC